GGUCGUGUUGCUGCCUUCUGGUGCGCGCGCUCCACCCCGCGGUCUCGCUUUGCUUCCAGACGCCUCAGUAGAGCACGCGAAGAUGGCGACGCGCGUGGCGUUCCGCUGCAUGCUCGCGAGCUUUCCUUCAGCGCUGACGCCGCGCCGGCUGCCACUGAGGGUCUGCGCGCACAGCCGGGCCCUGGGCACGUCUUCCCGCGCGGCCGCAGCCCUCAAAUUCACAGAUAAGCACGAGUGGGUACGAGUAGAGGACGGAGUCGGCACCGUUGGCAUCAGCAAUUUUGCUCAGGAAGCACUGGGAGAUGUAGUUUACUGUAGUCUUCCAGAAGUUGGGACCAAACUUAACCAAAUGGAUGAGUUUGGUGCUCUAGAAAGUGUAAAGGCUGCAAGUGAGCUUUAUUCUCCUCUUACUGGAGAAGUGACAGAAGUGAACCAGGAUCUGGCAGAGAACCCUGGACUAGUAAACAAAUCCUGCUACAAGGAUGGUUGGCUGAUCAAAAUGACCAUUGAAAAGUCAUCAGAGCUCGAUGCCCUGAUGGAUGAAGCAGCCUACGAGCGAUACGUGAAAUCCAUUGAGGACUAGGGGCAGUGCUUGAGAUGGCUGUAGUCCUUCCCAUGCUAAUUGUGUUUUAGGAGCAAAGGUUUGCUAUCUUCUCCUGGCUUCUGGAGUGGUCUCCUGUAGCUGCACCGGGUUUAGAGGGUCAGGGCCCUGGCAAUAUGGAGAAGUAUGAUUUUUAAGGGGGGACAAAAAUAGUCUCUGGACUUCAUAUAACUGGCCUUACCUCCCUGUUUUUUGAUUUAGAUUCUAAUGUAACCAGAAUUGCGAACUAUGACAAGGCAUAGCAAGUGUCAUGCAAUUAAUUUUAUAGAGUACUAAUACAGUGAAAAGGGUGCUUGUUUCACUUUAGAUGUUGCCAUGGAAACACACAGCUCAAGGAAUGCCUCAGGCAUUUUUGCAGUGCUUCCAUUGAGCUGAGGAAACUGACAGAAGUAUGUUGGUGGGUUAUUGAAAAUUAAAAUUGCAAACAAAAUAAAGACUACAUUUUGAAGCA